AGGAGUGGUGGUGGCGCGGCGACGACGGCCAGUGCCGGCCCACACCGCGAGCUGGCUGGCCGAUACCACGGCGCCUAUCGGAUACUGUGCGUUUGCAAAACAUUUCUACGUAUAUUGUGCAAGCAAUAUCGACAUGUUGCCUAUUACCGUGCUUCUGUUUGUGCUGCAUUUUGUCGCCGCUGAUAUUCCGUCUUACAUCAAAGUAUGUCAGAGGAAUGAUCCCGAGGUGGACAAAUGCAUCAUGAAUUCAGUUGAUCUCCUACGGCCCAAGAUAACGGAGGGCAUCCCGGAGCUGAACGUGCCCGGCAUUGAGCCGCUGAGCCUGGGACAGAUCGCGCUGGCCCGCGGGCCGCAGGGCGCCAAGCUCACAGCCGUCGUCAACGAUGUCAAAGUCCGCGGACCUAGCAACUUCAUCAUCCAAGAACUUAAGUCUGAUCUGGACAAGAACAGGUUCGACUUCAAGCUACUGCUGCCGAAGCUGGACUUCGCGGGGAAGUACAAGAUGGACAUCCAGGUGCUGCUGCUCCGGCUCCAGGGGCGAGGGAACAUCACGGGGACCUUCCGAGACUACGCGUGCAACGUCACAAUGAGAGGCCACAAGGAGAUCAUUGAUGAGAAAGAGUACCUUCAGUUCGAUCCCUUCAAAGUCAAACUUCGCGUUGGUCAGUCCUCCAUCUACCUGACCAACCUGUUCGACGGCGAUCCAGUGCUCGGACCCGCCACCAACAGGGUCAUCAACGAGAACUCACAAGUCUUCCUCCAAGAAAUCAGUCCGGUCUUAGAGAAGAGCCUUGCAGACCUCUUCACAGAAAUGGCAAAUAAAAUAACAUCGAAGUUUACUUAUAAAGAACUGUUUCCGUGAUUUGUGGUUAUUCAAGGGUAUUUAGUAGGCUUAAGUUUGAUUGUGAUUCGUAUGUUUGUUAGCGUAAGAAUUUGCUCGUCGUUAACAGUGUCGAAGGCCUGUGUUAAAUCCAAAAACGUUUUUAGGGUUGGAUCUUAUAAAAUGCUUUAUAAAUAAAAGUAUUUGCUCAUCGAUUCAUUUACUUAUAAGUCUGACUAACCGAUACAUUUUAUAAUUUCAUUUUUAGUUCUUUAUAUGUCCAUUGCCCUUAGUUUUCAUACCAACCCUUUAGGAGUAUUUUGUACAGAGAUUCGUUCGUACGGUAUUGAUAUUAUUUGUAAGGUAUUGGUAGAUUAAGAGCUAAACUAAGAUUGUAAAUAAAUAGUAGGCAUAGUAUUAUUUAACAGUGAUAUGUACCCAGCGGACAUUUCUUAUGAUAACAUGAACGAAGUCAUCACAAUUACUGUUGGCUAUGGAUAGAGCGCUCAAACAUCAAUUCUUGUCCAGGGAUUUAUACGUUGGACAACAUUUUAUCUGUAAAUAGAACUGUAAAAUAUAUUCCAAUAUGUUUCAUUUUAUUAAAAUUUCAUCUAUAAUUGCUACUUUUGUGAAUACGAAUGAUCAAUUU